CUUUUGUAAAGCCAAGGGAUAUCGGGUCUUCCUAGGUCGGAGGUAGAGCGGGACCAUGCCGGUCAUGCAAGCGCCAGGGCAGAGCACCGGGUCAGUGAACGUGCCGCGGCGCGGGCUGAGCAGCCGCGCGUGGUCGCUGUCGUCGCCCGCCACCCCGCAGCCGCGCUACGGGAGCAUCAUCACCGUGCUCAGCAUCGACGGCGGCGGCGUGCGCGGGAUCAUCCCCGCCACCAUCCUCGCCUUCCUCGAAGAAAAGCUCCAGGAGCUUGAUGGGGCGGACGCGAGGAUCGCGGACUACUUCGACGUGGUCGCCGGGACGAGCACCGGAGGCCUGAUGGCCGCCAUGCUCACCGCGCCCAACGCCCAUGGCCGCCCGCUCUUCGCCGCCAAGGACGGCAACAAGUUCUACCUCGAGCGUCUGCGAGCCUCGGGGGACGUCUUUGGUGCCCCACCAACCCCCACCCCUGACCGUCGCGGAUCCCAGGGAGGCGUGUUGGAUCACCCACCGGCUGGACCCGCUGGCGAUCCCCAGGACGCCACCUCGCCCCCAGCUGGGCCCGACGCGGACCCCCAGGCCACUUCCGAGGUCUCGGCUGGGCCGGAUCUCGCCCACCAGGCCGCCACCUGUGCUGAUGAUUGCAACCAUGCAGAGCACGUUACCGGCGGCCCACGUGGCGCACCCAGCACCACCAUGCAGAUCCCCCAUGCACGCCCAAUGGGAGCGCUUCCUGUGCCAUUCCGCCCCACGUUCUCAGCUUCUUGGACUCGGUUAAGAUGCCAACGGCGCCGCUUCUCGCUACCCCGGCCUCCAGGCGCAUGCGGGCCGAAAUCCCGCCCAACUUCACGCCACGCCGUAGCGGACGGAUCGCCUCGCAAGAUCAGGGAUACGACGCGGAAACAAAAGCCAAACGCGUGCUUCUUCGCAAGCUUGGCCUGCUCGGGAGCGACGAGCCGCUAUCCACCGACCUUCUCGCUAGAUACUCACGGCUCUUCGACCGACCGCUGGCCACGGAUGUCGUCCUUGCUUUUGCGGACUUCUUUGGAUGGCGUGUGCCGCGGGAGCUUAUCGCGAGCCCCGUGCGUGGCCAGGCCCUCCUCACCGAGGCAUGUGUGAGGCAUGACUGGGCGUUUCCUAGUCC